AUGGCGACGAGUAGCUCCGACGGCUCCUGCACCGCACCCGCGGAUUUCCAGCUCUCGUCCGAGCUGGAGGACGCGUCGAGUCGUCUGAGCAUGAAUCUGCUCAAGUGCCCAUUGUGCCAUAACAGCCGUCGGAUUUUUUACUGCCGCCAAUGCGUCCAGAACGGAGAUUUUAUACAUUCGAACACCGUCUACUCCGAACGAUUCGCAGAUAAACAAAUGCGGCUGGUACGGCUGAAGGCUGCUAGAGCCCAGCUAGAAGAGAAGUGCAUGAAGGCUCUGGAGAGGCACAAGCAGAGAGAUAAAUUGAUUUGUGAUAUAAAUACAUGUAAAGAAAGAGUGAGACUACUGCAGUCUCUAGUAAACGAAACAAGGCAAAGUAUCAAUAGAGGUAAUCAACGUCUGAAUGUUUUGAAAGAUGUCAACUCUCAGUUGACUCUUCGAGUGCCACGGCACGAGGAUAGAAUAGAGAAAUUACAUCGAUAUGUUAAUAGCUUGAAAGUUAAGCAGGAGAAACAGAAGGAAGCUGUGGAUAGAAAAAGGGAGCAACUAAAGAAAGUUAUUAGAACUGUUGCUAAGCAGUUAAUUCAGUACAUUUUUCCUUUAUCCAAGGUCCAACCAAACAGAAGUUUGUGCAGCAGCGAGGACAGCGACAGUGCCACCUCGGAUAUCCUUACUAGCGCAUUAGCAGAUGCAUCAAGUACGUCAUAUGUACGGGGUAGAUGGAUUAACGAGAAAGAAAGUUUUCUGGAAAUUCAUCAUUCUAUUGUUGAAUCAACAUUACCAGCGACAGGAGACUACAGCCCUUAUUCUCUUUGGGUUGCAGCAAAUAAAGAUGGAGUGCCAGGUGCAAAUAAAGAAAACGCGAUGCACAAUCCAGCGUAUAAUAUUAGUGCUGCUUUGACAUACGCUACACAACUGGUUAAUGUUCUUGCCUAUUAUGUUAAUAUAAAAUUACCAUAUAAACUUACUUGUGGAGAAUUUUGCGGGAAUGAAUUGUCGGACCAAAAAUUUGCUAGGAAAGUGGCAAGGCUAAAUAGUAACGUAUUACAUUUGUGUCUUACGCAAAAUACCAAAAUAGAAGUUUUAAAUCCUAUGCAUACAUUGCAAAACCUGAUGCAUUUGCUCAAUACUGAAAUUAGUGAUCUCGGAAGAAUUGGACCAAUGGAAGUUGAUCCGUCUGUAAUAGCACAACUUCACAAUCAGUUAGUUCCCGAUUUGGAAAAUAGUGAUGAUUCAGCUUCGGACGAAGAAGAUUUGUGUUGGGGAUGGGAAGCUGUAAGUCAUACUUCUGUACCAAGUAUCGCUUGUCCUGAAAUGGCAGUACCUUCUUCUGGUGCGAUGAUUAGUCAACAAUCUUCUAGUAUGCAAGUACAUCAGAGUGUCGCUGGUGGUUUGGUAACAAGUGCAGCAGCCAGUAUCGCCUCGAUUUGGCGAGGUUGGACUAAUAAAUAA